AUGUUCGCCGGGUCUGCUGUGAGCGGGUCCGAGGUGCACAUGGACGCAAGCCGCGAAAUCCUAGAGAUCUUCCUGUCUAUCGUCCGAGAACCGUCGGCAUCAAUAACUGUGCCCUGGUAUGACUUGGCGGCGGCUAUCCAGAUCGCGAGACAGUACGACUGCCCCGAAGUCGCCAGAAAGCUGUUAUACACAGGCUGCCAGUACGAUCUGGGUCCCUAUCGCCUCGAAGCCCUGGCCGAGGCUUGCCAGCUAUCACAUCAUUUGGCGGCCUGGCGAAUCUUGCGUAACGGCAACCAUGGGGAGAGAGGUAUGAAGAACUGUAUCUCGCUUCGCCCCAAUAGCGGAGCAUGGACGACCCGCCAAGCGGCAAGCCUGUCACCCGCCUGGACUUGGGCGCUCACUUGCGCAGUCCAGGAGGUGGAUCGGAAACGGAAGAUUGCGGGGCAAGCCGGAUCUGAGCGGAUCAGUGAGGAUUACUGGAUUGCGGUCUGCGGAGAGUUUAUGACGUUUCUGAGCAAGUGGUGUCUUGUCGCUGGCGAGCAGGCUCGAGACGAGGUCGUCAUAUUGGUUGCCAUAGAUGACUGGCUCGAUGUCCUCGACUUGAGCGACUCUGCCUAA